AUGGCUAUUUACGGAGAUUGUGCAAACCACGUAAUUUUUGUUUCGCAAUCAGAUUUUAAUCUUGAAACAUCAAAUGUCAAAUGUAACAAAAAAGACCUUGCCAAAGAGGUUAACAUUACUCCUAACUAUGAUUUUAAAGAUGAAAAUUGUGUAGAUAGCAUUGAAUUUGGUCCAGAAGAGAAGGAAGAUGAUGUUUGA